GGGCCGGGCUGGGGUGUGCAAGGCGCACGCGCGGGUUGUAGGGGGGGGACCCGUGCGCGCGGCGCGUGCGCGUGGCGUCGGUGUGUAUGUGAGGCUCUGACGGGUUCAAAAUGGCGGCGGCGGCUCCUGUAAGAGGACAAAGGCGCAGGAGAGACCUGGAGGAAGAGGACGACGACAGCAGUCCUGGCGUGUCCUUCUCGCUCUCUUCCGAGGAGUCGGAGAUGGAGCCCGAGGAAGAACGGAUCCGAUACAGCCAGAGAUUGCGUGGCACGAUGAGGCGGCGUUACGAGGACGACGGCAUCUCCGAUGAUGAGAUUGAAGGGAAGAGGACCUUUGACCUCGAGGAAAAGCUGUCCACCAACAAGUUUAACUCCACUUUCGUGGUCUUUAUGGAAGGCAAAGACUUCACAGUUGAGUAUAUCCAGCGGGGUGGCCUGAGGGACCCGCUCAUCUUCAGGAGCUCGGACGGCCUGGGGAUAAAGAUGCCGGAUCCGGACUUCAGCGUGAACGAUGUGCGGCUGUGUGUGGGGAGCCGACGGAUAGUGGAUGUGAUGGAUGUGAACACGCAGCGGGACAUCGAGAUGUCCAUGGCGCAGUGGGCACGCUACUACGAAACGCCGGAGGAGGAGCGGGAGAAACUCUACAACGUCAUCAGCCUGGAGUUCAGCCAUACCAAACUGGAGAACCUGGUGCAGAGACCUGCUACGGUGGAUUUGAUUGACUGGGUUGAUAACAUGUGGCCCAGGCACCUGAAGGAAAGUCAGACAGAGUCUACCAAUGCCAUCCUGGAGAUGCAAUAUCCAAAGGUGCAGAAAUACUGUUUGAUGAGUGUCAAGGGCUGCUACACAGAUUUCCAUGUGGACUUUGGUGGCACUUCUGUGUGGUACCACAUCCACCGAGGGGGAAAGAUCUUCUGGCUGAUCCCUCCCACACCCCAGAAUCUGGAGCUCUAUGAAAACUGGCUUCUCUCAGGGAAGCAGGGAGACAUUUUCCUUGGGGACAGAGUGUCAGAGUGCCAGCGCAUCGAGCUCAAGCAGGGCUACACAUUUGUCAUCCCCUCAGGUUGGAUCCAUGCUGUGUACACUCCCAUGGACACGCUGGUUUUUGGCGGCAACUUCUUACACAGCUUCAACAUCCCUAUGCAGCUCCGGAUCUACAGCAUCGAGGACCGCACACGGGUCCCAAAUAAAUUUCGUUAUCCCUUUUAUUACGAGAUGUGUUGGUACGUGCUGGAGCGUUACGUGUACUGCAUCACCAGCCGCUCCCACCUGACCAAGGACUUCCAGAAGGAAUCCCUCAGCAUGGAUAUGGAGCUCAGCUCCUCAGACUCUGUGAACAUGGAAGAGGAGGAGGAGGAGGAGGAUGAUGAGGAUGCAGCAGGGAAGGAAUCCCGGCGCCCCACGACCAGGAGGUCCAUUCUCACCAGCCCCAUUGCCAACGGUGCCAAUGUGGACUAUGACGAACUGGGCAAGAGCUGCCGGAGCAGCCUGCCAGGUCUCAAGAAGACCCCAUCCAUAGACUCUUCCGACUCCAGCCGGGGCUCCCAAAACGGCCAGGCCUGGGACCCGAGCGGGGGCAGCCCCUGCAAGAGCAGGAAGGUGCACCUGACCCAAUUUGAGCUGGAGGGGCUGCGCUGCCUCGUGGACAAGCUGGAGUCGCUCCCUCUGCACAAGAAGUGCGUUCCCACUGGCAUCGAGGACGAGGAUGCCCUCAUCGCUGACGUCAAGCUGCUGUUGGAAGAAUACGCAAACAGCGACCCCAAACUGGCACUUACAGGCGUCCCCAUCGUCCAGUGGCCCAAGAGAGAUAAGCUAAAGCUCCAGGCCCGGCUGCGGGUGCGCCUGCCCACCAUCCCCAUCACCAAGCCACACACCAUGAAGCCAGCACCGCGCCCGACUCCCGUCAGGUCCACGGUGUCUCCCAUCGUGUCAGGCGCCCGGCGGAGGCGGGUGCGGUGCCGGAAAUGCAAGGCCUGCAUGCAGGGCGAGUGUGGCAUGUGCCACUACUGCAGGGACAUGAAAAAGUUCGGCGGGCCCGGCCGCAUGAAGCAGUCCUGUGUCCUCCGGCAGUGCUUGGCGCCCAGGUUGCCUCACUCGGUCACGUGUGCACUUUGUGGGGAGGUGGAUCAGAAUGAGGACUCGCAGGACUUUGAGAAGAAGCUCAUGGAGUGCUGUGUCUGCAACGAGAUUGUUCACCCUGGCUGUCUGCAGAUGGAUGGGGAAGGGCUGCUCAAUGAUGAGCUCCCCAACUGCUGGGAGUGCCCCAAGUGCUACCAGGGUGACGACGCAGAGAAGGGCCAGAAGCGGAAGGUGGAGGAGAGCGACGAUGACAUGGCACAAGCCAAGGUGCUACGGCCCCUGCGGAGCUGUGAGGAGCCCCUGACCCCCCCGCCCAACUCGCCCACCCCGAUGCUGCAGCUGAUCCACGACCCGGCGUCCCCCCGCGGGGUGGUGACACGCUCGUCCCCAGGGGCCGGGCCCAGCGAGCACCACAGCGCCAGCCGGGACGAGCGCUUCAAGCGCCGGCAGCUGCUGCGGCUCCAGGCCACGGAGAGAACCAUGGUGCGGGAGAAGGAGAACAACCCUAGCGGCAAGAAAGAGCUGUCAGAGGUGGAGAAGGCCAAGCUGCACGGCUCCUACCUCACCGUGACGCUCCAGCGCCCCACCAAAGAUGUCCACGGCACUUCGAUUGUCCCCAAGCUCCAAGCCAUCACGGCCUCCUCGGCCAACCUGCAGCACUCUCCGCGCGUGGUUGUGCGCCACGCGCCUGCCAGGAUGCCCCUGCGGAGCGGGGGCGACGAGGAGGCGGCCGCCGAGGAAGAGGAGGAGGAAGAGGAGGAGGACGAGAACGCGGAGGAGGGGGGGGCGGCCCGGCUGAAUGGGCGCGGGGGCCGGACGCAGGAGGGCGAGGAGAGCUGCAUCCAGCGCGAGGUCUGGAUGUCCGUGUUCCGCUACCUCACCCGCAGGGAGCUGUGCGAGUGCAUGCGGGUGUGCAAGACCUGGUACAAGUGGUGCUGUGACAAGAGAUUGUGGACAAAGAUAGACUUGAGCAGGUGCAAGUCCAUCACCCCGCAGGCGCUGAGCGGCAUCAUCAAAAGGCAGCCGGUCAGCCUUGACCUCAGCUGGACCAAUAUCUCAAAAAAACAGCUUACAUGGCUUGUAAACAGGCUGCCAGGCCUGAAAGACCUCAUCCUAGCGGGCUGUUCCUGGUCUGCAGUCUGUGCCCUCAGUACCUCCAGCUGCCCCCUUCUCAGGACCCUCGAUCUUCGGUGGGCAGUAGGAAUCAAGGACCCUCAGAUCCGGGACUUACUCACGCCUCCAACAGACAAACCCAGUCAGGACAAUCGCAGCAAACUCCGCAACAUGAUUGACUUCCGGCUCGCAGGGCUGGACAUCACGGACGCCACGCUGCGCCUGAUCAUCCGCCAUAUGCCCCUGCUCUCCCGCCUCGACCUCAGCCACUGCAACCACCUCACGGACCAGUCGGCCAACCUCCUCACCGCCGUGGGAUCCUCCACGCGCAACUCCCUCACCGAGCUCAACAUGGCAGGCUGCAAUAAGCUGACGGACCAGGCCUUGCUGUACCUGCGCCGCAUCUCCAACGUCACCCUCAUCGACCUGCGGGGUUGCAAACAGAUCACCCGCAAAGCCUGUGAGCACUUCAUCUCGGACCUGUCUAUCAACAGCCUCUACUGCCUGUCCGAUGAGAAGCUGAUCCAAAAAAUCAGCUAGAGACCCUCCCCGGGGCAGACUGAAGAGAAGGAAAAGAGCCCAUCCCGCCCCUCUUGGAGAGCCCCUCCUCCACCUCCCCCCCUUGCCCUGCGUGUCCUGCCGCUGCCUCCCACCUGACUCGGCAGGCAGGGCCAUCGCUGGCCUCACUCUACUGUCCUUCCUCCUCUCCUUCCCCGGGACUUCUGCCGAGGAAGAUGUCCCGCCAGGCUGGCCAGUACCAGAGGAGGAACAGGCACAUGGCAGGGAGCCUCGGCCUGGAGGCUGGCCGCUCCCGAGGCGGGGGCUGUAACAGAGGCCUCUGUGCAGAGAAAUGGGGCACCCUCUCCCCCCAGCUUUUCCCCUCUUCCCCGUCCUCUCCUUGCCUUGAAACACUUGUCACUUCCCUGGUAGCACAAAGCUUGAGGGUCAAGGUCUCUCCGAGGAAGUGGGAGCAGAGCCAGAACACCCCAUCCCUUCUGUGCUGCCACCAGCUCGGCACUUCCCUGUGCUCUUCCCCCCUUUUCCCUUCCCCUCGACUGGCUGCAGGGGCUGAUAUCCAUGGCCCUCCUCCCACACAUCCAAGUGGUUCUUUAAGCACCCAGGGCAGGAGCCCUGUGGCUGGGGUGUCCCAGGAGCAGGGGCUGGGGGAUAACUCGUCUGAGGGGAUGGAGCAGGGGAGAGCCCACAGGUACACCAGAGCUCAGGGAGGACUCGGUAAGCAUCAGCCAGGGGUGAGUGAGCGCGGGGUGGGGGGGGGGUGGGGGGGGGGAACGACAGGAGCUGCCUCCUCUUCUUGCCCAGCUCCCGGCACCAUGAAGCACUCUGGGGCUGGUGGGGUGAGGGCUGCUCUGCGGCCUGGGACCGAACUGGCAUCGUCCUCUCCUUUCCCCCCCCCCACCCCCUUUUCGCUGCCGAUUUUCCUUUGCAAUGAAUGGUUGGUCCAAAGAACCUCUCUCUAGGGCAGCAGAGAGCUUUUUGCACUUUAAAAAAAAAAAAACAACAAAAAAAGACAAAAAAACAAAACAACUAAAAAAAAAAGCCAAGGAAAAAAAAAAAGAAAGGAAAAAAGGUUGGAAUCUUCUUUUUCUGGGUCACUAUUUUAUUUCCCUCCCUGUCCUGCCUGUGCCUGGACGCUCCCCCUCUCUGUCCCCCUGGUGUCAGCACCCUGCUCUCUCCCUGGCAGCAUACUGAUAGCACAAUCCGGGGUGUUCCCUCCGUGCCACCACCGGUCCCCGGCCCCGCAGGGCUCCCGGGCGGCAGCCCGCACCCCCCCCCCCCCCCCCCCCGCGCUGCUUCAGAAGCAAUAAAGGAGGAGAGGCGGUUCGCGGGGUCUGUCCCCGGUAGGGGGACACCAGGGGACAAUCCCGCAGUGCCUGUGACAAGGGGCAGUGCGGCCGAAGCGGAGCCGGAGCAGGAACCCCCCCCCAGGCGAGAGGAGGAGCCUUCGGCCUCUCUCGGCGGUGGCUCCCGGGAAAGACAUCGGAAGAAUUAAAGCUUUUCUUUUUCCUUUGGAUUCCUUUUGAGUUUUGCAACGCGAAAGAAAAUUUCCAGAGCUGGGGUUGAGAGGGGCGAGGCGCACCCUCCUCCGCGGGGACAGCACCCCCUUCCCGCCGUGUCCCCGCUCUCCAGCCGCAGAGACUCCGGCGUGCAACCCUCCUCACCACCCCGGCGUGGUGCAUAUCCACGAGGAAGAAAAAAAGAGAAAUAUAUAUAAUAAAAAUCACUUAGUGAUUUAAAACCAACCCAGCCUGCUCCCUAAAGACAACUCCUGCAAGCAAAGUCACUUGUUUAAGGGUUUGGUUGUGGUUUUGUUUCGUUUUAAUCCCCCUUCCCUCCCUUCCUCCUUCCCUCCCUUCCCCGGAGAAAUAUUGUAAAUAUCUAUUUUUUUGUUGGCGAUUUAGAGUCCAUCUCUGAUGUUUGUGCUUUAAAAUUAAAUGUAAGCAUUAAGGGUAAAAGCAAA